AUGUCCCUCCAAGUGAAUGACCCACGGUCGCGAACCAGAUCCAAAUCCCCUGGUCGCGAGCGCUCACGGUCGCGCGACAGCCGAGCCCCCUCUCCCUCCCACCGCUCGCGCUCCCCAGCCGUCGAAGCCCCCAGAACAAAAGGCUACAGCCCGGACGAAGAAGCCGACAUCGAGCGCCAAUACAAGCUCAUCAGCGAGGAACGUCGUCGCGAAAACGACGAACCCCGCGCCUCACGCGCCCCAAGAAGCCCCCGCUACGACGUGAACCGCUCAGACUCAGACUCAGAGUCGAGACGUCGCGACGCAGAAAGGUCCCGACGCUACGAUGACCGCUACGAACACUCGGAUUCGGAGCGCGGGUCUGCUGCAGCACCUUCGUCGCGCUCUCAUCGACGCCGACCCUCGCCAGACCGCGGAAGUCGCGUGAACCACGACUCCGACUCAGCCGAUGAUUUAGCUUACGGCGAUGUCCCAGGUAGUCAUCCUAGCUAUGCGCGUCCGAAUCGGUACAGCUAUGCCCAACCCACGCAGUUCGCGGCCGCUGCCCCGCGACCGGGAUACCCCGCUGCGCCGAUCGACUGGGCCUCUGUGCCGGAAUGCGAACGUCCUGGAUACGUGCCACCUUCGUCGCAGCCUGCGGGCUCGGCUACUAUGCCCGGCGCGUUCCCGGUGGCUUCGACGUAUUCCGCUACCUCGGGGUCUGUGCCGGCGCCGGUGAUUCCAUCGCAGUAUCCUGGUUUCCCCGGACAGGCGUAUGCGACCAGUGCUGGCUAUGCGCCUGCGCAUUAUCGGACGGCCUCUGCUACUGAUACUGGGUAUCCGGCGGCGGGGUAUGCCAAUCCCGGUGCGUACCAGUAUGCUCAAGUUGAUCCGAAUGUGGUGAAGUAUGCUUCGAAAGCAGAACCUAAGCAGGCGCCGGUGUAUCCUGCUUCUACGAAUGAGCACUAUUCCAGGCCGCUGCCGCAGCAAUUGCAGAAUCAGUAUUACCCGCAAUCGCAGCAGAAGCCGCCGCCACCGCAGCAGCAGCAGCAGCAGGCUCCUGACCAGUCGCAUCGGUAUAGACCCGAGCCUGAGUUUGUGGAGAUCGCGCCUGGUGGGAAUCGGUCGAGUACUCGUCCGCACAGCCAGUCUGUGUCAUCGAAUACCCUCGCAGUUGCCGGAGCCAGUGCAGCCCAUUCGGCUCUUCCCCCUGGUAGUCCACUGCUAGAGCCGUAUCGUGGUACCUACCAGUCCAUCUCACCGAUGCCAUCCCCAAUCGUCAUCCCCUCCAUCCGCGACGACGACAUCUCAGACUUGGAACCCCUCGACGGCUCAGACUCCAGCCGACGUAGCAAGCACCACCGCUCGCACUCCUCCGUCAGCGAGAAAGAUGCCCGCACCCGUAGCAGCAAAGACAAGAAAGACAAAGAGCGCGACGACCGCACCGACAAACGUCUCACCCGCCCUACCCACGACCGCCACGACUCAAACUCCUCCAUACCCGACGGAAAAAUCCUCGUCUCCCCAACAACCGGCCGCAAACGCGUCUCCUUCUACGACGCCGGCCCAGACGCCGCAGCAAUGCAAUCCGCCCUAAACCACGCCCGAAACAUCGACAGCAAACCCAUCAUCCAAAUCCUCCCCCGUCUAUCAAGCGACGAGAUCAUCCUCCUGCGCGCAGAAUACAAAUCCCGCGUCCGAAUGCAAGGAAAAGGAAUAAACAUCGCCAAACACCUCCGUCUCAAACUGGGAAGUUCCUCCUUCGGAAAAGUCUGCUACGCAACAGCCCUCGGUAGAUGGGAAUCAGAAGCUUAUUGGGCAAACUGCUAUUACCAAGCCGGCACAUCGCGUCGUGAACUCCUAAUCGAGUCCCUGAUGGGAAGGUCGAAUGCUGCUAUUCGCGAAAUCAAAAACUCUUUCCGUGAUACUAGAUACGAUAAUAGUAUCGAGCGCUGUAUGCGCUCCGAGUUGCGCGCGGAUAAAUUCCGCGUUGCUAUCCUGCUUGCACUUGAGGGUCAGCGACAGGAUGAUCGUGAGCCGCUCGAUAAACGGCUUGUUCGUGAUGAUGUGCAGGAUUUGCAUCGUGCUAUUGUCCGGGAGGGGGGUGAAACCCUAGCACACAUCCUCAACGGCGCAAUAAACAGACCAAUGCGCGACGCCCUCCUCCUCCACCAAGCCCUACGCGAAUCCCGUACCGGCCGCGAACGCUCAGAACUCCUCAUUUCCCGGCUCGUGCGUCUGCACUGGGAACCGAGACAUCUUGAUCUCGUUAAGAACGAGUACAGACGGAGAUAUCAUGAGCGUUUGGAGGAGGCUAUUGCCGAGGAGAUUCUUUCGUUGAAUGGUGGGCAGGAUUGGGGGGAGUUCUGUAUUGAGUUGGCGCGGAAUGCUUGA